UUAGCUACACUUCCUGAGUCUUGUGGUUAUUUGACGAUGCAUGUUAAAAGAGGAAUUUGACUUUGACACUCUGAUUCAGUUAAACAUAUACAUUUCUAGCAACAUUUCCCCAAUAUCAUCUGUUCUGGAACCACAAAGAUUUGCAACCUUUCUCUACAAGAUGUGAAGAUUCAAAUAUUGCAAUGACAAAGGAGCUCAGUAAAAUUCUUAAAAACAGUAUAUCAAAAGUAGGACCCACUACAAGAUAUAUACUCAACACAACAAAAAUCGCUGAGCAGAAUGUACUGAGAAAAGAGAGGAUUGGAGAAAAAAAUUAUGAAAGACCUCAUAAGAUCAUACUGCUGGUUGGAGAAACAGGAACCGGAAAGACCACUCUCAUUAAUGCAAUGGUUAAUUACAUCAUGGGUGUCAGAUGGGAGGACAAAUUUUGGCUGGAGAUCAGUGAUGUUCUUGGUGGUAUAUCUCAGACCGCAGCAGUCACAGUUUAUGAGAUUUUUGCACGAGACAGUCCAUUCUGCCUCACUGUUAUUGACACACCUGGAUUUGGUAACACACAGGGGCGUGAAAAAGACAAACUUAUUUUUGAAGCUUUACAGCAGUUGUUCAGAUCUGAGGAUGGGAUUCGUGAAAUUCAUGCAGUGUGUCUUGUGCUGAAGGCAAUAGAGUCUCGACUCCAUGAGAGACAACGAUACAUUCAAGAUGAAAUGAUGUCAUUAUUUGGAAAAAAUCUAGAACAAAACAUCAUAAUACUCCUCACAAACUCUCAUGAAAAUGUCCCCAAAAAAUUGCUUCAUUUCAUUAAAGCAUCCAAAAUUCCAUGUGCAAAAACGAAAGAUGAUCAACCUGUUUAUUUUAAAUUUGACAACUAUCAGAGUGAAUGUUAUGAGGAUGAAGACAGAGAGAGUUAUAAACCAUCAUGGGAUCAAGGGAUUGAAAACUUUAAGAAGUUCUUUGAAUAUCUGAAUGGAAUGAUUCUGAUAAGUUUAAAUAUGACUGAAGGUGUGCUGAGAGCACGAAAACAGCUGGAUGAAAAUGUGAACAACUUAAAGAAAAAACUUUCAGAGCUAAUAGAACAGGAAUUGAAGGUUAAGCAAACAAAAAAGGCUUUGGAGACAUUAGAAGAAUACAGAAGAACAAUGAACAACUUUGAAUAUGAAGUUUUUGAAUUCUAUGAAGAUGAGGUCCCCAUAGAGUCAUCAUGGUGGCACUUGUGGUGGGCAAUCCGCUGCACUCAAUGUAAAGAGAACUGCACGUAUCCAGGAUAUUGGUGGUUCAUAUUUCUCUUAUGGUUUCAUGUGAUGACAUGGCGAAACUGCACAUUCUGCAGUGGGAAAUGUCACUACACUAAACAUGUGAAAGAUGAUAAAAUAUAUGCCAUUGUGAGCAGGAAGGUAAACAGAAGAAAACAUGAAAGAAAAAUAUGAAAAGGAUUUUGGGGAACAGCAGAGUUUAUUGUGCAGACUAGAGAAUGAAAUCAAGCAGACUGACGCAGAGAGGAUCAGGCUUGUUGAAGAGUGUUAUCAGUGUUUAGAGAAGUUAAUGGAAACUGCAUUAAAAUCUACCAGCAUGUCCACUUACAAACAUCUGGACUUCAUGAUUGAGAAAGUGAAAGAAACUGGAAAACAAGAAAGAGUUCGGAAACUUGAGGAACUUAAAAUAAGAGCUGAAGAGGAAAACAAGGGACUAAAUAUAAUAAAAAAUACUUAAUAUAAUGAUUUGGAUCAUGGUGUA